AUGGGGGACUCCAGGACAGCGGCCACCCGGCUGCACAUGCUCCGUCCAGGUGUCACUAUGGAUGAUAACAUCAUCCAAAUAGGUGGCAGCAUAUGCAACAUGUGGCCACAGCACCCGGUCCACGAGGCGCUGGAAAGUGGCCGGGGCAACAAACAAUCCGAAUGGAAGUGUGACGAACUGAAUGGAAGUGUUUGUGCCUGCAACAAAUGUUUAAUGGAAUAUGACCAAUGGCUUAGUGAACGUACGAAAGAAUCUCCUGAGCCAUUUUUAUCACCCACAAACAAUAUCUCAGAGGAUACAUUUAACUGGUGGAAGCGCAUACAGACAGACAGACGCAACUUCGCUUUCUACAAUAAAAUAGUGGACAAGGUGUUUCAGAUCUUCCCAACCAAAGUCAAUUUUACAAGAUCCAGCCCUGACAUUUGCAGGACUUGUGCUGUGGUUGGGAAUUCUGGCAAUCUCAAUGGAUCACAUUAUGGACCACUGAUAGACUUUCAUGAUAUUGUCAUAAGAAUAAACCGUGCCCCUACAAAAGGCUUUGAAAGAGAUGUUGGAAACAAAACAACAUACCAUGUGAUGUAUCCACACAGUUAUAGAAAUUUGGACAACACCACUCAUCUUUUGUUUUUUCCAUUCAAAAUCUAUGAUUUACAGUGGUUAAUCCGGUUCUUUACUCAAAGGUAUCUUGGAAAGAAAAAAGAAACUGCUAAAUCGGGUUUAAACUCUAACAAGGAUUUGGUGAUGAUCCUUAGUCCAGCUUUCAUGAAAUAUGUCCAUCAGGUCUGGCUAAAACAGAAGGGCAGGUAUCCAUCCACUGGCUUUAUUACUUUGGUCCUAAGCUUGCACAUGUGUGAUGAGGUUAGUGUGUUUGGAUUUGGAGCAGACAAGGAUGGAAACUGGAACCAUUACUAUGAGCCAUUAAGAAACAAGCGUCUGCGAACUGGACAACAUCCCGGAAAGCUGGAAUAUCAAUACAUUGUGAAACUUCAUGAGCAACAGAAAAUUAAUUUUUUCAGAGGAUGGUAA